UUCCUCCGAGUGCCUUGUGACAGUCCCAAAUGCCUCCAGAAAUGACCCCCAUUGAUGGAGAGAGCCAGCGCAAGAGGGUGUGCUACUUCUUCGAUUCGGAUGUCAGUGGCUUCCACUAUGGCCCCGGUCACCCAAUGAAACCUACACGGAUACGGAUGUGUCAUUCUCUCGUCAUGAACUAUGGCCUGUAUAAGCGCAUGGAGAUUUUCCGAGCCAAACCGGCUACGAAGCGCGAGAUGACGCAGUUUCACUCCGACGAGUAUGUAGACUUCUUGAGCAAGAUUACGCCAUCCAAUAUGAACUCCUUCAUCAAGGAGCAGCAUAAAUACAAUGUCGGUGACGAUUGUCCCGUUUUCGACGGGCUCUUUGACUACUGCGCUAUUUCCGCCGGCGGGUCCAUGGAGGGCGCUGCUCGGUUGAGCCGGGAUAAGUGCGACAUUGCUGUCAACUGGGCUGGCGGCCUCCACCAUGCGAAAAAGAGCGAAGCCAGCGGCUUCUGCUAUGUAAAUGAUAUUGUUCUUGGCAUUUUGGAGCUUCUGAGAUAUCACACCCGUGUGCUCUACAUUGACAUAGAUGUACACCACGGAGAUGGUGUGGAGGAGGCUUUCUAUACCACUGACCGCGUAAUGACUGUCAGCUUCCACAAAUAUGGCGAGUACUUCCCUGGAACCGGAGAGCUUCGAGACGUUGGAAUUGGGAAAGGCAAAUAUUACGCACUCAAUUUUCCCUUGAGAGACGGUGUAACAAACGAGAACUACCAGAGCGUAUUCGAGCCUGUGAUGCGGCAAGUCAUGGAAUCUUACGACCCAGGCGCCGUUGUGUUGCAGUGUGGAACGGAUUCACUAUCAGGCGACAAGCUAGGUUGCUUCAAUCUUUCUAUGAGGGGACACGCAAACUGUGUUCAAUUCAUCAAGUCCUUCAACAAGCCUUUGCUCCUCGUUGGUGGUGGAGGCUACACCAUGCGCAACGUCAGUAGAUGUUGGGCGUACGAAACAGGAUUGGCAGCGGGCGUCGAACUUGGAAAGGAGAUCCCCAUGAACGAGUAUUACGAGUACUUUGGUCCAGAUUACGAACUAGAUGUGAAGGCGUCAAAUAUGGACGAUAUGAACUCCCCCGAGUACCUCGAACGCGUCAAGGGCAUCGUUCUUGACCACUUGCGCCAAGUUGGUGGUCCUCCAAGUGUACAGAUGCAAGACGUCCCUCGACUACCAAUAGAUGACAUCGUUGAAGACGACCCUGACGAGGACAUGGUCGACCCCAACGACCGGCGACCGAUGCGUCUUCUCGACUCACGGAGACAGAACGAUGGCGAGUUCUCCGACUCAGACGACGAGGGUGAAGGGGGGCGCCGCGACCAUGCGAGCAACAAAGAUCGCGACACGGUCGGCACGGGGCGACGGUUCGGUGCUGCCGCGGUCGGCAUCAUGAGUACUGGAACGACGCACGGCGUGGGGCCCAGUGUCGCACCGCCGGUCGCCGGUAGUUCCGCGGCUCCUCCUGCGGUCUCAUCGGAACAGUCGGAUAUGGAUGUGGACGAGGUCCCUCUCGCGCAAGCUGCCAAAGCCAAGGCGCCUUCGAGUAAGGCCAAUGGGACGGCGGCGUCGGGGGAAACGUGAGGUGGGAGCCGCCUGUAGGCGCGAGGGCAUUCGUUUCAUCCAAUGCUGUCUAUACUACAGCUGUAAUAGUAUCGCUUUUCGUUCAUUGAACUUGCAU